UUGCCUCUCCACUUGCUUUCGCUGGUGUUAACACUAAAUGCACAUUUUAGGUAUAUUCUUCAAAGCAAAGUGAGAAGAAUCCCUCGUCUGCUUUUUCUUAACCACCCAUCCCGUCUAACAUAAGAGCACUAUCUAUCAUAUCUAAUCUGAAUUAAUCUUUUUAGUCCUAACAAACAAUUAUAAUAGGAUCCAUUUUCCUGAGUAAUAAUAUCCCUAACUGGUACUGAAUUAAUAUAUGCCAUAAUUAAUAUGUGAAUUAGUUUGUCCUAAAAUCAUAUAUAAUAAUGGAAAAAAAAAAAAAAAACCUCACCACCGAACAUCAUUGUUGAAUCUCACCUGCAAAAUGCAAAUUGCUGUGUGUGAUUUAAAACAUGGAUGGUAUAAUAAACUUAAAGUCCUAAAGCGGAAGGAGAUAAAAUUUUAGAGAAGAGAAUCCAAGGCCAUUUUGUUUCUCCAGUAAAAUUUUUGUGUUAUAUAAACUUAAAACUCAUGGUCUCUUUUUGCUUGUCGCUUGCUACAUGAAAAGCUCUCAAUAAAAUCAUCCAUCAAUUUUCCUAACACGUUCUCGUGCCAAACGAUUAAGCAUGGCUGACAAUGUUUCUGUUGAAGAGUUCUUGGCCACUGCAGUCGACGCAGCAAAGAAAGCCGGCGAGAUAAUCCGUAAAGGGUUUUAUCAGACCAAGCAUGUGGAGCAUAAAGGCCAGGUCGAUUUGGUCACUGAGACCGAUAAGGCAUGUGAGGAUCUUGUGUUUAACCAUCUUAAGCAGCAUUACCCUUCUCACAAGUUUAUCGGGGAAGAAACUACCGCGGCUUACGGUACAUCAGAGCUUACCGAUGAGCCUACCUGGAUAGUUGAUCCUCUUGAUGGAACAACUAAUUUUGUCCACGGGUUUCCCUUUGUCUGUGUCUCCAUUAGUCUUACCCUUGGAAAGGUUCCUACAGUUGGUGUUGUUUACAAUCCAAUAAUGGAUGAGCUCUUUACCGGUAUACUUGGGAAAGGUGCUUUUCUCAAUGGAUCUCCUAUUAGAGUGUCAUCUCAAACAGAACUUGUGAAGUCUCUCCUUGCAACAGAGGCUGGAACAAAACGAGACACACCAACUGUGGAUGCUACUACAAAUAGAAUCCAUAACUUACUUUUCAAGGUGAGAUCAGUCCGGAUGAGCGGUUCAUGUGCAUUGAAUCUUUGUGGAAUUGCAUGCGGAAGGCUUGACCUGUUUUAUGAACUUGGAUACGGUGGUCCAUGGGAUGUCGCAGCUGGUGUUUUAAUCGUUAAAGAAGCUGGUUGCCUCGUGUAUGAUCCGUUUGGCAAAGAUUUCGACAUCACAGUUCCACAGGUCGCCGCUUCGAAUCCGUUCUUGAAAGAUGCCUUCCUUGAGGCUUUGCAGCAUUGAUAAUCUCCUCAGAGUCCUGAAAUUGCCUCUACUUGAUAUGAUAUAUCUUAGCUUAUUUUUGUUAUUGUUGUAAUUGGUCAAAGAUUCCUUUCAGGGAUAAAUGUGGGUUUAGAAAACAUUAAUGAUUCUUGGAAUAGGCAUGGUCCUCCCUGACCGGUGGCAGACAGAUUAUUUUGUAGAAUCCAGUUGAUAUUAAAUCUCACAAGGUUGGCAGAUACAAUGAAGAAAAAUAAAAACAUUUUGGGGAAGCUACCAGCCCAAUUUAAUGAAAAA